GGGGCGGGGAUGGACGGCGGGGAGGCCGGGCCGACGCCUCCCGCAGACGUGCCGGGGCCGCCUCCCUUCCCUUCCUCUCCGCCCCGAAGGCCGCCGUGUGAGGAGGAGGCGCCGCCGCCGCCGCCCGCCCUUCCCCUUCCUCUCCGGCCCUCCGCCGCCUCCUCCUCCUCCUGCCGCCGCCGCCGCCAAGAAGCCGCCGGCCGGGCUCCCGCUGCCAGGUUUAUCCUCAUCGGCGGUAGUUAAAAGAAAAGCACAAUGGAAUUCUACGAGUCUACCUAUUUCAUCGUCCUUGUCCCCUCCGUGGUGAUCGCCGUCAUCUUCCUCUUCUUCUGGCUCUUCAUGAAGGAGACGCUGUACGACGAAGCCGUGGCGAAACAGAAGAGGGAGCAGAGGUUCCCGCCCACCAAGACCGACAAGAAGAAAGCUGAGAAGAAGAAGAGCAAGAAGAAGGAGGCCCAGAACGGGAGCCUUCACGAAUCCGACUCGGAGAGCGCCUCCCGGGACUUCAAGCUCUCGGACGCUCUGGGGGCGGAUGAAGAGCAUCUCGUGCCUCCCCCCGUGGGGGCGACGGAGGCCCCCAGCGGCCUUCGGGAGCGCAAGAAGAAGGAGAAGAAGCACAAAGGCAGUCCGGAGGAACACGCCUCGAGGGAAGUGGAGGGAUCCAAACCUGCGGGGAAGAAAGCAGAGCCGGUCCCCGUUACUAAGCAGCCCACCCCGCCUUCGGACACCGCUGGGUCGAAGAAGAAGUCUGGGCAGAAGAAGCAGAAGAACGGAAUAGAUGACCAGGAUGCGAAGAGUGAUUCAUUACAGUCCCCAUCCAAAAAGCAAGACUCUCUCUUGAUACAUCAUGAGAUCAAACCAGAAAGCACAUCAGGGAAGAAGAAAGUUUCGACCAAGAAACAAAAGACAGAAAAUGUGAUGCCAUUGGUGGAUGAGCCCUUGAUUCACGCAACUACUUACAUCCCUUUGAUGGACAAUGCUGACCAGAACUCAGCCACGGGGAAGAGAGAGCUGGCUGGCUUGGCAAAACCGGAUGGGAUCGAAGGGCUGCAGAAAAGCAACGCUAAGAAGCUGAAGAACGAAACCGAUAAAGAAAACGCAGAAGUGAAAUUUAAGGACUUCCUCUUGGCCAUGAAGAACAUGAUCUUCACCGAAGAGGAAGCCUUGAGUGUGGUGGAGCUGCUGAAGGAGAAAUCAAAUGUGAUCCAGGAUGUUCUUCAGAAGGCCAGCAAGGGCGACUCGGCCGCCGCCGUGCAUCAGCUGCAAGAAAAGGAGAAGCUGUUGGUGGCCUUGAAGGAAGAAGCCACCAUAGCCAAGGAGCAGUGCAAGCAGCUCUCACAGGAGCUGGUUGCCGAAAAAGAAAGGAACAACCUGGUCGCGGGGAAAAUGAGGGAGAGGAUCGGCACGCUGGAAAAAGAUCACGGCGUCGUUCAAAACAAAUUCUACCAAGAUAGCCAACAGAUGAAGAUGAAGUUCCAGCAGCUCCGUGAGCAGAUGGAGGCCGAGAUCAACCGCCUGAAGCAGGAGAAUGGUAUCCUAAGAGACGCCGUCAGCACGUCCACCAACCAAAUGGAAAGCAAGCAGUCUUCAGAGCUCAACAAACUGCGCCAGGAUUGUGCCCGGCUGGUGAACGAGCUAACCGAGAAGAACAGCAAGCUGCAGCAGGAGGAACUUCUGAAGAAGAACGCGGAACAAGCCAUCAACCAGCUGAAGGCUCAGCAGCAGGAAGCCGAUCGGCGAUGGGAGGAGAUGCAGGCCUACCUCCGCAAACGGACUGCGGAGCACGAGGACAUACAGAACAAGCUUGUGACCAAGGACAAUGAGAUCCAGAGCCUCCACAGCAAGCUGACGGACACCAUCGUCUCCAAGCAGCAGCUGGAGCAACGGAUGAUGCAGCUGAUGGAAGCAGAACAAAAGAGGGUCACAGCCGAGGAUUCGAUGCAGAGGCAGGUUCAGGAGCUGAUGGAACAGAACGAGGCUUUGAAAACUCAAGUCCAGAAAUUCCAUUCACAGAUGGCUGUUCAGAACUCGGCUUCAGUCCUGGCAGAAGAACUCCACAAAGUGAUUGCAGAAAAAGACAAACUGAUCGGCCAAGCUGAGGAAUCCUUAGCCGAUGAACGCAUGAAAGCAACCAGCAAGGAAGAGGAUCUAUUGGCUCUCCAGAACAUGAACAUGUCCUUGAAAGCAGAACUGCAGAAGCUGCAAGCCCUGACAAACGAACAGGCGGCGGCUGCACUCGAGCUGGAGAGGAUGCAGAAAAGCACUCAGGUAAAAGAUGAGAAAAUCAGAAUGCUUGAGGAGCAGCUGCAGGAACGCCAUUCCAUGGCUACAGGUGUACAGGAGGAACUUCAGGACCUAAAGGAUCAGAACACAAGUUUGCAGUUGGAAAUUCAGAAGCUGCACGCUGCCAUGUCGGAGCAGGCUAAUACGGAAUUGUUGGAGCAAAUGGAAAGAAGCAUCACAGACAAGGAUGAAAAAAUCAAAACGGUUGAAGAACUCCUUGAAACGGGGCUCAUAGAGAUGGCAAACAAGGAGGAGGAGCUGAAGGCGUUAAGGGCGGAAAACUCAUCCUUGAAGAGCGAGGUGACAGGUCUGCAGAGGGCGCAAGCGGAACAGGGUUCCUUUGCAUCGUUAGUGGAAGAAUUACAAAAAGUAAUCAGCGAAAAGGACGGGAAGAUAAAGUCUGUGGAGGACCUGCUUCAGGCCGAAGUCCUGAAAGUGACGGCCAAGGAAAAGACAGUCCAGGUCUUGGCACAGGAAGUAGAGGCUCUGAAAGAAGAUGUAGGGAAGGCCCAGCUUGAGAAGGACGCUCAGAUAUCAGUUGCACAAGAAGUCAAAGAUCUUCAGAAUCUGUUGAAUGGGAAGGAAGAACAGGUGAGAAGUAUGGAGCUGUCACUGAAGGAGAAGGAGAGAGAGAUUUCCAAGAUGGCAGAGCAGCUUCAGCCUUCUGCAGCGUCAGCCAAUAAGGACUUGGAAGCUCUAUUGAAAGAGAAGCAAGGGGAGAUACACAAAAUGGAGGCCUUGUUGGACGAGAGGGGAAAAGAAAUGGCUGAGCAACAGAAAGAGCUGCAGGCUAUACAGGAGGAGAAUCAGUUGUUACGAGUGCAGAUUCAGGAAAUAAAGCAAGAGAACGAAGAACAGGUAUUUUAUUUCCCCCCACAUGAACAACUCCUGCAACUCGUUGCAGGGAAAGAGCGAGAGAUUGCUGGCCUUCAGCAGGAGUUGGACGCCAUGAAGCAGGCUGUGGAUCAGCAGAGGCAAAAGAACAACGACCUCCGGGAGAAAAACUGGAAAGCCAUGGAAGCAUUGGCCUCAACAGAAAAAUUGCUGCAGGACAGAGAGACCAAGACGGCCAAGGAGAGGCAGCAGUCCUUGGAGACGGUCGAAAAGGAGACAAGAACGGCCCUGCAGAAGCUGUUCCCGGCUGUCUCUCUUCCUUCCUCUUUGAGCCACGCGGAAUGGAUGCGAGGGUUUGAAAAGGCGGUGAGGGAGCACACGGAAGAGACGCCUCGAUCGGAGGAGGUGAAGGUGAUGGAGCAGAAGCUGAAGGAAGCGGACGAGCUGCAUAUCAUGCUGCAGCAGGAGUGCGAAAAGUACAAAUCAGUCCUCGCAGAGACGGAGGGCAUCCUGCAAAGGCUACAAAGGAGCGUGGAAGAGGAGGAGAGCAAAUGGAAAGUGAAGGUAGAAGAAUCGCAGAAGGAGCUCCAGCAGAUGAGCUCGUCGGUCACCUUUUUGGAGCACGAAGUAGCAAGAUUAAAGGCUGAAAUCCUAGAAGUGGAUUCGCUUAAAAAGGAGCGCGAACACUUGGAGCAGGAACUGGAGAAAGCAGAAAUCGAGCGAUCAACGUACGUUUCAGAAGUCCGAGAGCUCAAAGAUCUCUUGACUGAGUUGCAGAAAAAGCUUGACGAUUCCUAUUCCGAAGCAGUAAGGCAGAACGAAGAGUUAAAUUUGCUGAAAACCCAGUUGAACGAGACGUUAUCGAAGCUUAAAAUCGAUCAGAGCGAGAGGCAGAACGUAGCCGUCGACUUGCCGAAGGCCCAGGAGUCGUUGGUGACUCUCGAAAGGGAAAUAGGAAAAGUGACAGGAGACGCCGACGUGAUUGAGAACAGCGACGUCUGUUCACAGACGGCAGGGACCGAGAAAGGCGUCAACUUGGCCGUGAGCCUAAGCCAGGAUCUCUCCCACCUCAAGAAGCUGCUUGCUUCAGUCAACCAAAUGCUCACGAAGGGGAAGGAGCACUACCAGCUACUAGAAUGAAAUUGCGGGGACGGCCAUUGGCUGGAGGGUAGCGGAAGGCACUGUAUUUUAUAUUUUGCCAAAUUAAAGCCUUAUUUAUGUGCUCACCCUUUCUACUUCGUCGAACACCGAGCCGGGCGUCGUCUUUUCUACUUCCUCGUUAGACUACUGAUUUAAAAAAAAAACAGAUGAUGAAGCAGAUGACUCUGUAGACACCUCCAGAGUUUAGUUUUAUAAUUAAAAUUAAAAUUAAAACCGGUUUGGAAUUAAUUAGAGCUUGACAUUCCUUUGGAGCGACAGUCGUGUAACCUUUUAUCUUUACUAUGCUCAGUGAAAAACCUUGUUCAGAACACACACACCCCCCCUGACGUAGCAGCCGUGAACAAAAAAUAACCUUUUAAUACUGACAGUCUGCACUGUUUUACUUAGAUACGUUUUGGGAGUAGCAACCUCUGACUUCUCACCUUCAAGUAAACACUCCUCUUUUUUUUUUUUUUUUGGUUGCUAAUGUAAUCCAUUUUUGUAAUGGUGUCAGCAAAUAAAGGGAUGCUUAUUACUGAGA